UACUACCAUGGUACGUACGAAGGUCUGUUUAUUUUUAUACAUAAUACAUACUACAGAAAUGGGUGGACGGAUAGGCAACCCCCCAGUUGAAAGCAAGUAAACGCACACAUCCUGUGGACUGUACCAUAAUGCCGGCUGUCGAGAUAUAUCACGUCCGUCCUGCAUGAUCUCAGCAGCCCGAGUCACCUGGAUGCGGUUGCCAUGUCAACCACCCAACUUCCAACUUUAUACUCGGAUUAUCAACAUGGGACCAUCUUCCCAGCAAACGAAUGUAUUUACAUUAUCCUCGUCCACAACCAAGAAAGCAAAGUGAUAGAAGACCUUUAUCGUCUUCGUUGCCCUACUUCUCUUUCGCAGUCACAGUCAGAGACGCGGGACAAGCUGCACAACAACCAGAGGGAAGCCGCAGCACGGGCAGCGAAUCAUGGCAAGACUCAACGCAACGCCGGCGAAGCAGACAACUGCUCGGAAAUUGACAAAUUUAUCCGAGAAGGAACCACAUACUUCCGUUCGACGCAUAUUCAAAGAUUGGUCACCAACAACAGAGGCAGAAGAAGACAGGGAGGAAGAAUGGAGGAUAGCAACCGAUGCAUGGGCCAAAGACAGAUCUUAUGGAUUUGGAGGAAGACCACCGCUGGGAAGAAAUCUAUCACAACGGGAAAAGAAGGCGACUUUGGCCACGAACUUCAACAUACUUCCCGAUAGUGACGGGUCGAGCGACGUGGACCAGGACUAUAGAUCCUCCACGAGCUCUGCACCCAAGGAGGCAAUCAAGACAACAGUCCCGCUGAAGCAAGCACAUGUCAACUCACUCCUGCUCCCACUCUCGCAACAACCACGAAACCGACCAACUCAAAAACUGGAAACAUAUGACUAUGCGAAGGAGAACGACCCCAUCGACGGGGAGGAAGAGGAAAAUGCACCGACAAUAUCCAGGCACUCAUCAAAUGCCUCUUCGCGGUAUUCGCCAACAAGGAGGAAUGCCCGCCAGGAUAUGGAAGAGGAGGAGGGAAACUUCAGAUUUCUGAGUUAUCGCCAGUCGCAAGAGUCUAAUUCAGAAGACGAAACCGGAGACAACAGCUUUAGUUCCCUGGAUGAUUUCAUAGUCAGUGACAACGAAGAGCUGAGUUAUCAUGAGGCAUCUGCAGACGAACUAGAGAAGGAAGAGAUCCCGAAAAGCAUUUCUCCCCCAAGACCAAGGCGAAGGUUGUUAAGGGGUAGACGACCAAACCCUGAAGUAGAGCUCAGGGAGGCUUUGAUGAACCCUUCAUACAAAGAUGACCUCUGCUUAGAACCAUCUCUGCCACCUAGGAUGACGAUACCAUCCUCCCAGCUGAAACCAAAACCCGAGAAAUCACAUGUGAAAAAUUCCAAAAUGACCAAAGACGUGAAAAUGCUGAACCUGGAGGACUCUGAUACUGGCUCCCAGCUUCAAAGAGACAGCACUGCAGCACAUACUGAUUCAUCCACAAAGAAAUCAGAGCCUUCUCUGGCUGUUCUAGAAACACCACCUCCUAGUCCCUCCAAAAGCCUUCUUCGGUCACCAACGAAGGGCAGGAUCUGCAUACCGCCAACCCGUUAUCGCGAGAGCGUUGAUGCUUUCUGGAGGCAAGACGCCACCAAUGACUGGAUCGACCAACAUUCGCCGCAGAAAGAAGAGAAGAAAUUAGAGCAGUAUCUACGAGAAUUUGAGGAGUCAGAUGGUGAUACCAACUCCGAAAACAUGCGAAGACCUCGUGAAAGGCAUAGAGAGCCCAAAACUCCAAGCAAGACGGCGUUGAAGAGAGCGGAGACAGAGAAGAAGAAAGCUGCUCUAGCACGCAAGAAGUCGUUUGACAACAAGAAGGCGCAAAUCGCAGAUGAAUUUCUCAAGGUUCUAGAUGAGGCCGUUUCUGGAGGCCAAAUCCAAAAGCUCGCAGAAGAAACAGGCGGUGUACGGAUAAUUUGGAGCAAAAACCUGCUAACUACCGCCGGACGUGCUAACUGGAAACGCGAGAAGAUUGGAAAAGAGUCUCGAACAUCAGAAGGCGGAUCUGAACCAUCAACGUUGAUCAAGCAGCAUGCUACGAUUGAGCUAGCAGAGCGCAUCAUUGAUAGCGAGGAUCGACUGAUCAACACAGUGGCACAUGAGUACUGCCAUCUGGCGAACUACAUGAUUUCAAACAUUCACAACAAACCCCAUGGGGCAAGCUUUAAGCUUUGGGGCCGCAAAUGCCAAGGAGCCCUGAAAGAUCACCCUGUGUACGGCGGAAGAGUCGAGGUGACGACGAAGCACAGCUACCAGAUCGAUUACAAAUAUGUCUGGAGCUGCGUUGACUGUGGUCAGAACUAUGGUCGUCAUUCCAAGAGCAUUGACACUGCCAAAUCUCGCUGCGGCGCAUGCAAAGGCCUUUUGCAGCAGAUCAAGCCGAAGCCGAGAAACGUCUCACCCAGGAAGAAGCAACCGACUCCUCCGUCAGAGCGGUGCGAAAAGAAAUCAGUGGAGGAUAUGGCGAAAGUGUUUGGCGAAUUGCGUGAUGCGGCCUCUCAAGAUGUUCGCACGUCUCGUAUCAAAUCACAGCGAUUCUCUAAACGGGCAUGCAUCUUUGUCUCGAAUCAAUUUAAUGUCCGGAAGACAUCAUCGAUGUCCACAUUCACCUCCCUGAGGUCAGAUAGGAUGCACUGGGAUACAACUAGGACCAGCGAAGCUCGUACAUCCAGCACAAGAUCUGGGAAGACUCAGUAUCGGCUUAUUGAAGACGUCGAAGACCUGGAUAGAUGCCGCCCCGGGGGUACCAUCCUCUACAAAUCGAGGACGAGCCGGAUUGUGGUCGCUACCGGCUGGUUCACAAGCUUGCGAAUGGAGGAUACUAGAGCAUAUGGCUAG